AUGAUCGCUCCGGACAACGCCACGUACUCGUUCGAAGACGCCGACGCCGCGUUCGGCGGUCUCAUCCCCUCGACGGGCAUGCGCGGAGUGCUCCGCCGGGCCGUCCCUUACGACGCGUGCGAGCCGCUCACGAACCCCGCGGGGGCGGAAUCCGCGGAGGGGGGAUCCGCGGAGGGGGAAUCCGCGGGGGAGGCGGAGUUUGUGCUUAUAGAGAGGGGCAACUGCCUGUUCGACGUGAAGUGUCAGGGCGGCACAUGUGGGGCAUCGUCAUCCCAGCAGUCUUCAUCACUCAAAUCUCUGCUAACGCCCUUCUUACCACUAUCAACCGCUUUCCCCUACAUUCGUUCCUCCCCCUCUCUCUCCACCCAUACUCUCUCCCCCAACUCUCCCCCUACUGGCCUCCCCAACCCACACCCCCCUCCCCUCCCAGUGUCAGGGCGGCACAUGUGGGGCAUCACCAUACCAGCAGUCUUCAUCACCCAAUCCUCCGGCCACGCUCUUAUCAACAUCAUCAACCGCUUCCCCCCACCAUCCUCCUCCUCCUCCUCCUCCUCCUCCUCCUCCUCCUCCUCCUCCUCCUCCUCCUCUCACUUCUCCCCCUUCCCCUCCCCCUUCUCCCCCUUCUCCUCCCCCGAAUCCUUCCCCGAAUCCUCCCCUCCCAUCUGCGUUCUCCUCCCUACCUUCGACAAUGCGGCCUGGUCUGUUAUUACCGCAUCCCUAGUCUCCCUCCUCUCCCUCUCUAUAGUCCUCGCCUCGUUUCUCUUUAUACGACGGCACCGGCUGCGGCAGGCUGUAGCAGCCGCCGCUACAGCCAUGGGCGCGGGCGGCGCUGGUCGGCUGCUAGCGGCGCGUCAGGAGCCGCCCGGGCUGUCAGAGGAGGAGGUGAAGGCGCUUCCAGAAUUGGUUUUCCCGCCAAAAGGGAAGCAUGCGAGUAGUGUGUCAGUGUUUGGUGGCGGUUGUAGCAAGGCCGGCUGUAGCAGCUGUGGGGGAAAAGGGUUGAAGAGGACAGGCGGAGGUGGCAAGGAGACAGGUGGGAUAGGGGAGUCUGCGGCUGUAGCAGCAUCUGUAGCCUCACCAGAGGAAGGAGAAGUAGGGAGGGAAAGAGCAGCAGAACGAGCUACAGCUGUAGCAGCGGUAGCAUCUGUAGCAGCUGCCGUGGCACCGGAGCAAGGGGAGGAAAGCAUGCCACUACUACCCAGUGGGUGUGUGGCUGUGUCUGUCGCGGAUGGAAGUGAGGAUGGUGAUUGUGGUGAUACUAAUUGUGGUGACUGUAUCGUCAGUGAUAUGACUGCUGCUGCUGCUGCUGCUGCUGCUGGUGAUGCAGGAAGAGCAGAGGGAGACGAGGGAGGAGAGGGGACAGAGGGAGGAGUAGGAGGAGCGGAUUCAAAGGGAGGAGUGGGAGGAGUGGCGGCAGAAGCAGCGGGAGGAGAGGGAGGAGAGGGAGGGGGCAGGGAGAUGGAAACAUGUGCAAUUUGCCUGGAGGAUUAUGAGUGGGGGGAUAGGCUGCGCCUGCUGCCCUGCUCGCAUGUGACAUCGCGAGCACGAACGGUCGUAGACAACUGCACGUUUGUGGACAAUAAAGCACAAGACCAGGGCGGAGCGCUGCACUUCCUGCCAUACGAGAUCCUCAAUGUCUCCCGCUCUCGCUUCCAAGGGAACUCCGUGCUCAAGCAGAACGGCGGGGCUAUCAACGUGCAGGGGGGCACGGGGGCAGUGCGGGUGGAGAGCAGCACGUUCGUGGGCAACAGGGCGGAGCAGUCCAAGGGAGGUGCCCUGUACAGCGAGUCAGUGUCAGUCACCUUCGAUAAUGUCACACUGGACGGAAACAAGGCCGCACUACAAGGGGGCGCAGUGGCUGAGUUCCACGUUGACUGCGUUGACCAGUGGUUGACCACCCGCCGCCCCUUCUGCCCCGUCUGCAAGCGAGACGCACACCCCCCAACCCACCUCCUCCCUUCCUCCCUCCUCUCCUCCUCCUCCACUCCUCCUCUCACCUCUACCACUACCACCAAUACUGCUGCUCUCGCCUCCUCUUCCUCUCCCGCUGCUUCGACUGCUCUCUUCGUCUCCUCCCUGCUCUACCCUCUCAUCCGCUCCUUCUCACCCCUCCCAUCCCUGCCCACCGCAUCCAACUCCUCCAACCCCUUCAGCGCCGCACCGAACCCUUCCAAUUCCGCAUCUGUAGCCAGCAGAAGGAUCAGACCCUCCCGCUCCUCCUCCAUCUCCUCCUCCCCCACUUCCUCCUCCUCCCUCUCCUCGCCUUCAUCCAACUUCCACUCUCCCACAAACCCCACCACCGCACUCCACCCUCCUGGAACCUCUCUUUCCUCCUUCCCUCCUUCCGCCACCCCACCCACCUCCAUCCCCACUCUCCCCUCCUCCCUCUUCCCCACUCCCCGUUUUAUCGCCGCUUCAACCGCCUCCUCCUCCUCUCUCUCCCCUCCAGACCCUUCUCGGGAGCCCUUUUUGCUGCAUCACCCUUCGAGGGAUUCAGAUGAUGAAGAGACGGGGGAGAUUAGACCUGUUCCCAUGCCAGGCUUUACCCCACCGUCACCUAUACCACCUCAUUUGCAGGUCUCAAAUUGA